AUGCGAUCUCCUCUCAAGCAUCUAUCCCGGGUAUUCGCUGGAAUAAAGAAAUACGAGCUUGAGCUCCCAGUCAAGCACAUCUACCUCGCUUUUGAUGGUUCCAGUCUAGGUUUGGUUAACGAAUACGUGCGGGCGGGCUCGAAUGGGGGCAAGGCCGCCAUGGACACAAUCCGAAGCGUGUUGACGGCGAUUUCUGGCUCAUUACGUAGACUAGACUCCGGGGCUCAUAUUGUUAUCUAUGAAGAUUGGGCUUCACCGCCGGCACAGGGACGGCUGAGGAUUCGUAAGGAUGAUCUUCCCGAAGCUGUUCCGGGACAAGCACCCGCUCAGGUUGAGGGUGUAUUAUUGCUGAAAAACGACGACCAUUCUUCCUUCAUGUCAGCUUUUAUAAACGAAGCCAAAACGUCACUGGUUACUGAGCUCGAUCCAGGCUGGCUCUUAUGGGCUGCUCCGAGACCCAAGUCUUCUUUGACGGUACUGGUCACCAACAAUUUAGAAGGCAUCACCCCAAAAGUCAAAAAAUUGAAGCAGAUGGGAAAGAACAUUGUUAUUCUCACUGGUCGACGCCCAGACAAAUUGAGUAAAGUUCUUGGUAUCACCGUCAUCUCGAUUGAGGGCUUGUUCAAGUGA